AUGGAUUCUCGGUCGCUUUUGCAACGCCGUAACGUAGCUUCCCUUUGCUUUUUAUAUAAAUUUAUAAAUCUUUUCUAUAAUCCUUCCUUCCUCCUUUCUUUCUUCAAUCCCUCCUCUUCUUUCUUUCUUUCUUUCUUUCUUUCUUUCUUUCAAUCCUUCCUUCCCUAUUACUUUUUCUUUCUUUCCUUUCUUCUUUCGUUCCUACUUUUCCUUCGUUCUUUCUUUUUUCCUUCCUUUCUUCCUUCUUUUUCCCUCCUUCUUUUUCCUUCCUUCUUUUUCCUUCCUUCCGUCCUUAUUUUUCCUUCCUUCCUUCUACUCCCUUUGGUCCUUCCUUCCUUCCUUCCUUCCUUCCUUCCUUCCUUUUUCUUCCUUCCUUCCUUCCUUCCUUCCUUCCUUUAUUUUUCCGUCCUUCCUUCCUUAUUUUUCCUUCCUUCCUUCCUUCCUUGUUUUUCCUUCCUUGUUUUUCCUUCCUUCCUUCCUUCCUUCCUUCCUUCCUUCCUUCCUUCCUUUAUCUUUCUUUUUUGCACCUAUCUAUCUAUCUAUCUAUCUAUCUAUCUAUCUAUCUAUCUCAACCUGUUUAUAUCUAUCUAUGAUCUAUCUCUCUCUCUAUAUAUAUCUAUAAUAUAUAUCUCUCUAUAUAUAUAUGUAUAUCAUUGUUUCUAUCUAUCUAUCUAUCUAUCUAUCUAUCUAUCUAUCUAUCUAUCUAUCUCAACCUGUUUAUAUCUAUCUAUGAUCUAUCUCUCUCUCUAUAUAUAUCUAUAUAUAACUAUAAUAUCUAUCUAUCUAUCUAUCUAUAUAUAUAUAUAUAUAUAUCAUUGUUUCUAUCUAUCUAUCUAUCUAUCUAUCUAUCUCAACCUGUUCAUAUCUAUCUAUCUAUCUAUCUAUCUAUCUAUCUAUCUAUCUAUCUAUCUACGUUUCUUCUUAUACAUUUUUUCAUUGAUUAUAUUUUCUUUCUUUCUUUCUUUCUUUCUUUCUUUCUUUCUUUCUUUCUUUCUUUCUAAUGAUACGUUCCUUCUUUUUCUUUCUUUUUCAUUCUUUCUUUUUUCUAAUUAUAUUUUCCAACUCUUUUCUUUCUUUCUUUCUUUCUUUCUUUCUUUCUUUCUUUCUUUCUUUCUUUCUAAUAAUAAUAAUAAUAUUUUCCUAUCUUUUUUCUUUCUUCCUUUUUUCUUUCUUUCUUUUUUCUAA